AUGAAAAAAAUUAUUCCAGAGAAAGCGUGGAAGUUGAACGGGGUCUACUUUGUGCAAAAGAAUGGCCCUGUUCAGAUCCUUAGCAUUCCGAUAAGAUUAAAUAGUCAAAAAAGCGUGGCCAUACGGUCGAAGUUGACAAUGCUCGAUGUGACUGUUGACAUGAUUACGUUAUUGGAUUCGAACGUUAAUUCACGGUCGCUUGGUCGUGGUAUGUUGAAAUUUUGGGCAUUAACAUAUUUGGACCGUAGACAUUGUUCCCCCUCGGGAAACUCAGUGAGCUGA